AUGAAAGUAAAGUUGGAAAGAAGUGAAGAAUCUGCCGACAAGGAAUCGCUCAUUUCAAAAAGUUCCGACUCUGGAGUGUGCGAUAAUGGUGAUGAUGCUGGCCGAAUUCGUUCUUCCUCAUCUGCAUGUCCCAACUUGGUUCCACUUACCGAUGACUACGACCAAAGUAAACAAGAUGGCCGGAAGUUUGAUCGUGAACAUGUCAAACAGCUAAUGGCACGAUGGCGAAGUGUUGCAAGACGUGCCCGACGCGAAUAUGUGGAUCCAUGGGACCAAUUCAAUAUUCAAGAGUUCCCCAUUUUUCGUGCAAAACGUCAUCGCUAUUCCGCUAUGCGAAAGCAAUGGACCGAAGAUUUCGUUGAAGUCCGUUUCCAUCCGGAACCGUUUGCUCGCGGAGCCAUGCGAGAAUGCUAUCGACUGAAGAAACUUUCAUCGAUGGGUGGCAGCAGUGAUUGGAAGCAUGCUCAGAAUUAUGUGGCAAAAAAGUACAUGCAGAAUGUUGAUCGACGAGUGCUUUUCGACGAUGUCAAACUCCAAAUGGACGCCAAACUUUGGGCUGAAGAGUACAAUCGCUACAAUCCCCCAAAGAAAAUUGACAUUGUGCAGAUGUGCGUAAUUGAAAUGAUUGAUUUGCCGGAAUCGCCAUUAUACCAUUUGGAGCAUUUCAUAGAAGGCGAUUAUUUGAAGUAUAAUUCAAAUUCGGGAUUCGUGUCGAAAGAUGCUCGCCUCACACCGCAAGCAUUCUCCCAUUUUACUUUCGAGCGUUCCGGACAUCAGCUGAUGGUUGUCGAUAUUCAAGGAGUCGGCGAUCUCUACACUGAUCCACAAAUACACACCGUUGUUGGAACCGAUUAUGGCGAUGGAAACUUGGGAACACGUGGAAUGGCGCUUUACCUUCGUUCGCACAAGUGCAACUACAUUUGUCAUGACAUGGAUCUCUCAGAAUUUGAGCUAUCGGAGAAUGAAAAGCUCGACCUGCUGAGAAAACGGAUUGUCUCGACGUCCGGCACCGCGUACAAUCGCAAUCGUCUCCACAGUGAAAAUUGUAUUCCUGUUGAUCGCGGGAUUUCGAUGGAAGGAUUGAGACGUGUCACUGUUUCGAUUUCUGCUGAAACUGAUGACGAUGAUGAUGAUGACAGCGAGGACACUGACACCGAUUCGGAGAAUGACCACAGUUGCAAUUGUGUUUGCCCUGAAUGCAUUCCAAAAAUGGAGGAUCUCCCGGACAGUGUGUGCGAUAGUGAAGACGCAAGAUCGGUUUCUUCGCGGAAGAGCAGAAGCGCGUCGAAAUCUAAUGGUGAUGAAGAAAUCAACUACCGGCCAAGAAAGGUUGGCUUCCAUGAUUUGAAGGUGAUUCGUCCGGAUUCCUCUCAUUUCGAUAGCCUUAGCGUUGGCAGCUCAACAGACAUCAAUUCAAUGAACAGCUCUAGGAUCACGCGUGAUACUGAAAAAGAGGAAUUCUGGAAGGCUGCUAGAAAGAUGUCAAUUCCGGCGAACAUAGCCAAGCUUCAACAUUCCACGGAUAUUCAUCAAGCCGAGCUUCACACUCGCCAAUUUUCGGUGCUCGGUCAAAUCCACAUUGAUUUGGCGCGCUAUCACGAGCUCGGUCGUUUUCUUGAAGAUGACGAUGGUGUACAAAAGAAGCUUUUGGAUAAACCACCUGCGACGACUACUGAAGAUAAGCACAACAAUUCAAAAGAGCUUGGAGCAAUUGAGUAUGACAAAGAAUCGGCUCUUUUUCAUUUGGAAGUUGCGCGCAAGUGCGGAGUUCUCGAAGCAGUAUUAACGACGGCUCAAAUUUACCUCGGAAUGCCGCAUGAGUUGCUAAAAGAUGUCACCGUCGAUGAUAUGUGCUUUGUUGAAGACAUUGAGGAUAUUGAUUUGGAAGAGCACGGCUCCGAAUUGAUGGAAAGUGCUGCAGAGAUGGGCGACAAGGGUGCGAUGAUGUUCAUGGCGAAGGCUUAUGAAACCGGAAGACGGCUUGGCAAAAAUCGUGGCACUGAUUAUCGGAAGGCUAUUGAAUGGUACCAAAGAAUCGUUGGCUUCCAAGAUGACGAGGAUGAAAAGGAGAAUGCUGGAUACAGCGAUCCGAUGGCGCGUCACGAGAUCCUGGCAAAGAUGGCCGAAAUGUACAAAGAAGGUGGUUACGGCUUAUCGCAGGACUUUGAAAGAGCUUACAAUUUGUUUACCGAAGCGGCCGAGGCUGCAAUGGAAGCAAUGAAUGGAAAGUUGGCCAAUAAGUACUACGAGAAAGCCGAAAUGUGUGAAUAUUAA